UCAAGUUUCCCAUUUACAAGCCUUGCCCGCUCGCGUACAUUCUGUCACGAUUACAUAACUGUAUCCAUACAACACUCCCCACAAUGUCCCAUUGCCAGCUUCUCGCUUUCCCUCGACGAUACAUCACCAGCGAAUCCCAUCAUGAAACUUGAAGAUAAAUGUACUUCAUCGACGAACUCAUUAUCGAAGGCCAUGGCCGAGUCUCUGGAUGCACGCAGACAUUCCGAGACAGCUCACAUC